CAUGCCAACGUGCGCGAACAAACAUAGAUCAAGACAACCUCAUAUUACCUGUCACCUUCCCCACAUCUCUUCUUCCUCCUCCACCCACAAGGAACAAAAAAAGCACUCCUUCAAACUCGUUGUGGCAGUUUCUUGUUGCGUUAUUGAUGGUAUUAGCAGCAGCAGAAGCGGACGACCGCCACCAUGGAAGUUGGUCCCCCGACGACGGCCCCACGGAAAGUCAUGGUGGUCGCGGAUCCCACAAGCGAGUCGGCUGCUGCGCUCCAAUACACCCUGUCGCACGGCGUGGUCGAGCACGAUGAGCUGAUCCUCCUCCACAUUGAAAACCCUAAUUCGUGGAGGACCACGCUCGCAACGCUCUUCAAGAGGCCGAGCUUCGUGGCCUCAGGGAAUAGCCAAAGCGGUAGCAGUCGCGGGGCGUCCGUGGAUCGGAAUGGAGGUGGUGACAGCGGCGGAGACGGGGGAUCGGAGGUGGAUUUUCUUGAUGAAAUGAAGCAUGCGUGUGAGGUGGUGCAGCCGAACAUUCGGGUGCGAACGGCGAGGAUAGAACUGGAAGGUAAUAAGGAUAAGGCUUCAGCUAUUCUCUCGCAAUGCACGUCGCAUGAGAUCGACGUGCUCAUCGUAGGGCAGCGCCGGAGCUUUUCCACAGCAAUAUUAGGAUGUAGGAGACGCGGAGGGUCGCUGAGAGGCACUAGAUUGACGGACAUGGCGGAGUAUUUGAUAGAGAACAGCAAGUGCACCUGCGUUGGGGUUCAGAAGAAGGGUCAGAAUGGUGGUUACCUUCUCAACACCAAGACGUACAGAAACUUCUGGCUCUUGGCAUGAUGAUGAUGACCCACCUGUGCUUUUGUGUUCACAAAGUGUGUGUUGCUUCAACCAAAAUGAUCACGUUCAAAAGGCCUAAAGAAACCACAAAUUCAAGCCUUUCAGCCCAAAUCUUCCCUGGGGGUUGUGGGCCUUGUGGCCCUUUGAUCAGAAAUGUUGGGGCAAUCUCCAAACAAGCUCCUUGUAGUAGUGAAAACUUUGUGAAAAUUAUGUAUUUUCUCAGCCUGAUUCCACCACCUCAUUACUGCUGUAAAUACCA